AUGAGUUAGCAGCUGUGUAUUGUUAUCACUGCGUGAGCAAGGGAUCAUAGAGAGUGAGUGAUACAAAGAGUGCCUUCCAAUCUUUUGGUUGUAAUCCAAAGACAUGGCCCUUCAACACACUUUGAGUUUGGCCUUCGGCCUCUUAGGCAACAUCAUCUCCCUUUUGGUCUUCCUUGCUCCAGUGCCAACUUUUUAUACAAUUUACAAGAAAAAAACAACAGAAGGUUUUCAAGCACUUCCAUAUGUAAUAGGGCUGUUGAGUUCAAUGCUGUACAUAUACUAUGCCCUCCUUAAGGAAGAGAUUAAAUAUGAUGCCACUCUUCUUAUCACAAUCAACUCGGUUGGCAGCGUCAUAGAGACUCUUUACAUUUCCCUCUUCCUUUUCUAUGCCCCCAAGAAGGCCAGGAUCUCAAACGCGACGCUUCUGUUCUUGCUGAACGGUUUUAGUUACGCAGUGAUGGUUGUUUUGACUCGCUUUCUAGCCACAGGUGAAAUGCGUAUUAAGAUUGUGGGAUGGAUUUGUCUUGUGUUCAGCAUAAGCGUAUUUGUCGCACCUCUUGGUGUCCUGAGACAAGUAAUACGGACCAAGAGUGUUGAGUUCAUGCCAUUUCCGUUAUCAUUUUUCCUAACAUUAGGUGCAGUCGCAUGGUUCUUCUAUGGUUUUCUGAUCAAGGACUUCUACAUAGCUUUACCAAACAUACUGGGCUUCUUCUUAGGGGUUGUUCAAAUGGUGGUUUACAUAGUCUACAAGAAUGCAAAGGAAGUUCUGGAAGAUCAGCCAAAAGGUCAAGAAUUAUCAGAACACAUUAUUGAUGUGAGGAAGAUCAGUACUUUGGUGUGUCCAGAAAUGAGCCCUGCAGUGAUUCUGCAACCAACUGUGGACAUUACAAGUGACAUGAAUGAAGUGGUUCAAAAUAUAAUUAUCAUGGCUGAAAAAACAGAAGAAACCAAGGAAGCUGCCAUGGAUGAUGAUGCCUCCACCAAAGUUUGACCCAAAAACUGAAGGAACAUGCACAUGCAUGUUAUAUUUAAGUCUUCAAGAGCAUAGUUCCUUCAGUUUUCAUAAUUGAAGUUUAACUUGUGUGUUGGAUUAACUGUACUCUAAUUAAUUAGGGGCAGUGCCAUGGGUGUGUCUGUAUUGUAUCUCUCUCUAAGCUUAGUCUUUCAGUAUCUGCGUCCCCUUAAAGCUAUGUAGCUAGCUGAUGUAGUUGUGUCAUUAGCUUUAAAAUAGUUAAGUUUAUUUCAAUGUAUCAAGGAAA